CCACAGGCUCACGCAAUGCAAACUCUGCACGCAACUGGGAGGCGACAGGCAGAGGAGGGGGAAACUUUCCAACUUCAUAAACCCUGAAGAUGAAGGAGAUUUUCCCUCCUGCCACAGGAGUCCGCGAGCUCACAGCCCCGCCAGCCCUUCAACUGGAACCGCUUUGCUAAACGUUCACCCAAAGGCAGGAAACCUCGAAGGCUCAGCCAGUCCCGAUGGGUUGGGGCCAAAGGCAAUUCACAAAGAACCGGCUCCCGUAGGGAAGAACCGGGCGGCUGCGAUUUGUCAAUACCAGGGCUAACUGCGGGCUGGCGGCUGCAGCUGCUGGUGGAAUUGAAGCCAGGAGAGCCAGUGCCAGGACGCUGCCCAGCCGGGCUCCGGCUCAACUCAGGGGGAACUAAACUGUCCUGUAAGCCGCUCAUUUUUCUCCAGCAGGUUUUGGUUGCCCCAUCGCCCGGGCUCUGUGCGGGGAUCGCACCUGGCUGAUGUCUAUUUAGUCUGAACGAGGCAGGCUUUUGAAGUGCGAGCUCUGAAGGGUUAACACGCUUGGAAGGUUAGAACAACGCAGGAUGCGGGAUCGGGUGCAACUGGCAUUUGCCUGCACAUGACCUGCCAAGCUGCGGGUGACAAGAACCUGGGCUUCUAAUGAGUUUCCCACAGUCUGGGAUCUGAACCUCACUGCUGCGCUGCGUGCUGAGUCUCCUGCUGGGGCGGCCCAAUUGCACGGAUCAGUUGCUGCGGGCUCCCCGGAUCCUCCCACUGGAGCCCAGAAAUCUCGGGUGGAAGCAUUUCUCAGCAGCAUGGCCCUCCGGCGGCUGGGAGAGGCGCUCUCCAGCAUCCCGCCCCUGCAGAGCGCCCUGCUGCUGCUCCUCUCCCUGCUCGCCGCCAUCCACCUGGCGAAGCUCCUCCUGCGGCAGCGGCGCCUGGAGCCCCCGGGCCCUUUCCCGUGGCCCCUGAUCGGCAACGCGGCUCAGCUGGGCAGCGCCCCGCACCUCACCUUCGCCCGCCUGGCCCGCACCUACGGCGACGUGUUCCAGCUGCGCCUGGGCAGCCGGCCCGUGGUGGUGCUGAACGGCGAGCGCGCCAUCCGCGGGGCGCUCAUCCGCCAGGGGGCCGCCUUCGCCGGCCGGCCGCGCUUCCCCUCCUUCCAGCUGGUGUCCGGGGGCCGCAGCCUGGCCUUCGGCGGCUACUGCGAGCUGUGGAAGCUGCAGCGCCGGCUGGCGCACUCCACCGUGCGGGCCUUCUCCACCGGCAGCCCGGCCCCGCGCCGCCUGCUGGAGCAGCACCUGCUGGGCGAGGCGCGGGCGCUGGUGGCGCUGCUGGUGCGGGGCAGCGCGGGCGGCGCCUUCCCGGACCCCUCGCGCAGCCUGGUGGUGGCCGUGGCCAACGUGAUGAGCGCCCUGUGCUUCGGCCGCCGCUACAGCCACGGCGACGCCGAGUUCCUGCGCCUGGUGGGCCGCAACGAGCAGUUCGGCCGCACGGUGGGGGCCGGCAGCCUGGUGGACGCGCUGCCCUGGCUCCAGCGCUUCCCCAACCCGGUGCGCGCCGCCUACCGCGCCUUCCGCCAGCUCAACCGCGACUUCUACGGCUUCGUGCGCGGCAAGUUCCUGCAGCACCGCGGCAGCCUGCGCCCCGGGGCCGCCCCCCGCGACAUGCUGGACGCCUUCAUCCGCCUGCAGCAGGCGCAGCCCCGGCUGCCGCUCGAGCACGUGCCCGCCACCGUCACCGACAUCUUCGGGGCCAGCCAGGACACCCUCUCCACGGCCCUGCAGUGGAUCGUCAUCUUCCUCAUCCGAUAUCCAAAGGUUCAGGUUAAAAUGCAAGAAGAAGUGGAUAGGAUUGUUGGCAGAGAUCGCUUGCCCUGUGCAGAAGAUCAACCUCAUUUGCCCUAUGUUAUGGCUUUCCUUUAUGAAUCCAUGCGUUUCAGCAGCUUUGUGCCAGUCACUAUUCCACAUGCCACCACAGUCGACACCUCCAUAAUGGGCUACUUCAUUCCUAAAGAUACGGUCAUAUUCAUCAAUCAGUGGUCAGUGAAUCAUGACCCAGAAAAAUGGUCCAACCCAGAGGAUUUUGAUCCAACAAGAUUCCUGGAUGAGAAUGGAUUCAUUAACAAAGAUCUUACUAGCAAUGUGAUGAUUUUCUCAUUGGGUAAACGUAGGUGCAUUGGAGAGGAGUUAUCCAAGAUGCAGCUCUUUCUCUUUACCUCCAUACUGGUACACCAGUGCAAUUUUAUUGCUAAUCCAAAUGAGGACUCUAAAAUGGACUUCACCUAUGGGUUGACCAUUAAACCUAAGCCAUUUACAGUUAAUGUCACUCUUAGGGAAACUAUGGAUUUGCUAGAUAAAGCUGUCCAAAGAUUGCAAGCAGAGAAAUCAGCAAAUCUAUGAACACUGAUGUUUGAAUAAAAUAUAUAAGGAUGCUCCCGCCUCUCUCUUUUUAGACUUAAAAUAAACUAAAUAAUAAUAUGCUGCACUGGUGAGCUGUUUGUAAUAUACCAAGUACCACAAAACACUGGGGAAUGGAAUUGCCCAAGCAUUAAGCAGGUCCUCUUUUUUAAUUAGAGGGAGAGAGAGAGCGUGCACGAGCGGGUGUGCGUCACGGGAGCCUUGUAAAUAUAUUAAGUACUGAAAUACAGGCAAAAAUGUGAUUUAAAAGUAAAUUUGUUUUUGGGUAACAGGCAGAAGAAAACAGUUAUUUUGACACCCUCCUCAUUAACUGCCUGGCUGGAAUGUCGCAGCCACUGCUUGGGAGGAGGGAUAGCUCAGUGGUUUGAGCAUUGGCCUGCUAAACCCAGGGUUCAGAGCUCAAUCCUUGAGGAGGCGAUUUAGGGAUCUGGGGCAAAAAUCUGUCCUGGGAUUGGUCCUGCUUUGAGCAGGGGGUUGGACUAGAUGACCUCCUGAGGUCCCUGCGAAACCUGAUAUUCUAUGAUUCUAUGAACCCUUUCCAUGUCUCAUUGCAGCUCUCUCAGCCCUAAUUUGCCUUCUAAGACUCUACAUCCCAAAGCGAAAUCUUGCGUGGAGAAAGAUGCCUAGAUGGUUGGAGCCAGAUUCUGCAAACACCCUAUACAGGGAACUGCCGUGGGCUCAUGUUGCAUCCUGGGACAUGCACUGGGAUGUGUUUCAGUGCCUUGACGCUAAACUUUCAAAUGAAGUUGGGUAAAAUGCCAAGCUUGCCUUUAACAUUCCAAAGUAUUUAAAGUAUGACUACAAAAAGACUUGUUUAUGAGCACAACAGAAUUUUGAAAUGUAUUUCAUAAUCUAUAUGUGAACAAAUGGAAAGUACUGAAAUUCAUUACAUCUCAAGCAGAAAGAUUAAAAGUGGUAAGUCACCAAAUGGCAGAUAUGAUAUAUAAGCCAUUAAUUUAUUCAUAAGCAGAAGCAAAGGUACUGAUCAAAGGAAAAAUAAUAGAUAUUUUCAUUAGGAAAACCUACUUAAGGAUGGCCUUUUAUGGUGGACUGUUUAUUUUCUCAGCUAAAAGCUUAUGCCUGAUUCUGCCAAUCUUUAGGCACAUGCCAACACUUAAUCACAUGAGCAGUCCCAUUAAAAUUCACAUAGGUUUGCAGGAGGACUUGUGUCUUAGAACUUUUGUGCCACUAAGAUCAAACAUGUGGAAUAGAUAUAGUUAUGUUCCUAUAAUCAUUCUAUUAGCUGGAGUUAAAAUUAUGCUUGUGAUCUUCAUCAUGUACUAUUAAUGUGGUCUACUUCUAGUAAGGACAUGAAACAAAAUAAUGGAAGUUUGGAUUACAUACAAUUAUUGGGGCCCAAUCAAGACAAUUUGAACAUUUUGUAGUUUGCAUUAUUUCACAAAACACUUACAUUUCAAAUAGCCUUGUGAUCAGCUGUUAAGUAAAACAUACAUGAGAAGUAUUUCAGUCUUGAACCACUCUGUAAUGGUUAUAUAGGAUAAUGAACAACACUCAGAGAACCUGCUUUUUAAUAUAUAAAAGUGCAGACCCUGCAAAGUGUUGGGCACCUCCUGUGAGAGACAAACCACCCUCUACUCUAAAUGAAAUCCAUGGGAGUUAGGGGCACUCAGCACAUUGCUUGAGGUGCAUAGACUAGUGCAAAAAUUAGACCCUAUGGUAUAUAGAGGAAUAUGGGCCUGGUGCUAUAAACAUGAAAUCAAUGGGACUACCUGAUGGAGUGAGGACUGCUCACAUGAAUAAAGAUUUGAAGGACUGAGCCAUAUAUUAUACAGUAGGUGACAAUCCUACCCCCUAUUGACAGCAAUGGCAAAAUUCACAGUGGUGUUGGAUGGAAGCAACGCUGAAGGCCUGAUCCUGAUCACACUGAAGUACAUAGGAGCUUUGCUAUUAACUUCAAAGGAAUCUGUAUCACGGUCUUUAAAGCAUUGCCCCCUAAACCUAGGUAGUAGGGACACACCCGACUCAGCUAUUUCAAAUCUCUGAUUUUGCAGGGAAUGUAUGUCCAUGUUUUUCAAAACUAAACAUUAAAAUAAAAAAAGGGGUAUCCCUCAGGUAUUUUGUGGACUACAUAAAAUCUUUGAUAUCCCAGAACUUAGCCUAUAUCUGUGAAAUGCUGUAUAACAUUCUUAACAUAUUCAUACUCAGAUCUAGACUAGAUCAACACAUUUUUCACUUAUACUUUUAUAUGUCCAUAAAAAAGGCUGUAACCUUCAACAGAAGAGUUAUUCUAAUUCAAGGAUCAUUGUUUUCUAUGUCAGUAAAAAAAUACCUUUUUUUGUAAUUUUAUACUUCUCCCAAAAGCUUUAAAAUAUAUAUCUGUCAUAACAUGACUGUCAUUCACACAGUCAAAAUUGAUUUGUGUGGAUGUCUAUGAUCAGGCGAUACACAGUAUAAAUGCUUGUCAAAUAUGUGCAUCAUACUAUCACUGUAAAAUUCUUCAAGUUUAUUAAUAUGCAGAUAGAAUGUAUGCAGUUCUUAAACAGCUAAUUUUAAGAUGGA